UCUCCAGCUUGAAAAUGCCCAGCUACACGGUGACUGUUGCCACUGGCACUCAGUGGUUUGCUGGCACCGAUGAUUAUAUUUAUCUGACUCUGGUGGGCUCUGAGGGCUGCAGUGACAGGACCCUGCUGGAUAAACCCCUCUACAACGACUUCGAGAGAGGAGCGGUGGACUCAUAUGACAUCAGCGUAGGAGAGGAUCUUGGUGAAAUUCAGCUGGUUAAAAUUGAAAAGAAGAAAUACUGGAUGCACGACGACUGGUACUGUAAAUACAUCACGGUGAAGACACCCUAUGGAGAUUAUGUGGAGUUCCCCUGCUUCCGCUGGUUGGUUGAUGACAAAGAGGUGAUCCUCAGAGAUGGCAGGGCUCGAUUGCCACAGCACGACAAGACCGGAGUGGCGAAACAGCACAGGCGCAAAGAACUGGAACAGAGACAGAAGACAUACAGAUGGAAAGAAUGGCAUCCUGGCUUCCCGAUGAGUAUCGACUGCAAAGCCCAUAAAGAGCUUCCACGGGACAUUCAGUUUGACAGCGAGAAAGGAGUGGACUUUGUGCUUAACUACAGCAAAGCGAUCGAGAAUCUGUAUGUGAACCAGUUCAUGCACAUGUUCCAGUCCUCAUGGGGAGAUUUCGCAGACUUUGAGCGGAUAUUUGUGAGAAUUAAGAACACAAUAUCAGAAUAUGUGAUGGAGCACUGGAAAGAAGACUUCAUGUUUGGAUAUCAAUACUUAAACGGCUGUAAUCCAGUGGUCAUCAAAAAAUGCACUGAAAUUCCUGACAAGUUUCCAGUCACACAUAACAUUGUGGAAGACAGUCUGGAGAGGGGUCUCACACUGGAAGAGGAGCUCAAGGAAGGAAACAUCUUUAUUGCUGACUAUGAGAUAAUGGAUGGUGUCACCGCCAAUUCUACAGACCCUUGCACCCUUCAGUACUUGGCGGCACCCAUGUGUCUGCUAUAUAAGAACAGUCAGAACAAAAUAAUGCCGAUUGCCAUCCAGCUGCAUCAGAAACCAGGAGAGGACAAUCCCAUCUUCCUUCCCAGUGACGAUGAGUAUGACUGGUUGCUGGCCAAAAUCUGGGUGAGAUCUUCAGACUUUCACGUCCAUCAGACAGUCACUCAUCUCCUCAGGACGCAUCUGAUUUCUGAGGUCUUUGGCAUAGCCAUGUUCAGACAGCUGCCUGCAGUUCAUCCUGUUUUUAAGCUGCUGUUACCACACAUCCGUUUCACCAUUGCCAUUAACACCAAGGCUCGUGAGCAGCUCAUCUGUGAGUGUGGACUCUUUGACAAGGCUAAUGGGACAGGUGGAGGUGGACACAUAGAACUUGUCCAGAGGUCCAUGAAGGUCUUCACGUACAAGUCCUUGUGUUUCCCAGAGAAUAUAAAAGCACGAGGCAUGGACAGCCAGGAGGAACUGCCAUACUACUUCUACAGAGAUGAUGGCUGCGCGGUCUGGGAGACUGUGAAAAGUUUUGUGUCCGAUGUUGUUGACAUCUACUAUGACAAAGAUGAAACGGUGCAGGAGGAUGAAGAGAUCCAGGCGUUUGUCAAAGAUGUUUGCAGCUUUGGAAUGCAGGAUUUGGACCAUUGUGAAUUUCCCAAGAGUUUGCAAACCAAAGAGGAACUGGUGGAGUAUCUAACUGUCGUCAUCUUUACUGCCUCUGCACAACACGCUGCAGUAAACUUUGGCCAGUAUGACUGGUGUUCAUGGAUCCCAAACUCCCCACCAACCAUGCGGAAACCUCCUCCUAUGAAGAAAGGCGAGGUGGACUUACAGUAUAUAGUGGAGAGUCUGCCUGACCGAGGACGCUCCUGUUGGCAUCUGGGAGCUGUUUGGGCCCUCAGUCAGUUUCAAGAAAAUGAGUUGUUCCUAGGCAUGUAUCCAGAUGAACACUUUAUUGAGAAACCGGUGAAAGAGGUCAUGGUGAAAUUUGGCAAGAAACUUGCAGAAGUGAGCAAAACCAUCAAGAAUCGAAAUGAGGGAAAGAAGCUGCCUUACUACUAUCUGUCUCCAGACAGAAUCCCAAACAGUGUGGCUGUGUAAUUCACCACUCUCAUCAAACCAGAAGUGCUACACUGAUAGUAGCAAGUGUUUAUGGGUUUAAAAAACAACAACAUCAAUUUUAUAUUAGAAUGAUUAGCCCUCCUGAUUUAUUAGACCCCUGUAUAUUUUCCCUGAUUUCUGUCUAACACAAAGAAGGUGUUUUCAACACAUUUCUAAACAUGAUAGUUUUAAUAACUGAUUUAUUUUAUCUUUGCCAUGAUUAAAGCAAAGUCCCUUUAAGGCAAGUCAUUUCACUUGGCGGCUAUCUUUGAAACAGCACUCGUGCAGUAGGCAUGGGCAUUCUGUUUAAAUGGGAAAACAUCAAAUUCUUCAAAAUUGCUUGCCAAGCUUACGUUUGAAUUUCAUGUUAGGACUCAUCAUUAAAAUUAAACAACAUGGUUCUCUUUAGUUUCACUUCUAAACGUCCAAAUCACACAAAAUCUGCAGAAACUCACGUCUGGUCCAAGCCCAUCCCCUGGAGUAUCGUCAGUCUUUAGCAAUCAAUGAUGGGCUCCUGUACUAGGAGGCUGGCUUUAUUCGCGAUAUAGCGAUCAAUGAUUGGCUCCUGUACUAGAAGGCGGGCUUUAUUCGCCAUAUAGCGAUUGAUGGUUGG